AGAUUAAUUGAUAAGAACUCCUCAUAUAAACUUGACUCAGUUAUCAUUUAUGUAUCACCAAAAUGCGUUAUCUCAUCGGAUUUGUGAUUGUGCUUGUAGCUUACACUGCUUCAGAGUCGUGUGUCGACUCAAGACCAUCAUGCCCUUCACUCAAAAAUUACUGUAACGAAGCAGAUGUUAGAAGUGGUUGUCGUAAAACCUGUGGUGUCUGCGUUACCGAUACUCCAUUUGUAUGCGAAGACAAGCUCGGUCUCUGCCCAAACUAUGUUAGACAAUGCCAUGAUGAAAAUAUUGCUGAACAAUGCCCAAAAACCUGCCAAAUCUGUGGUACAACUGCACAGCCAAUGCAGAAAUCUGCAUGAGAACAUACAUGGGUCCUUAUAGUCAAUGAAUAAACAUUUUCAUUCGAAUCAAAUCACCCGAAUUAUUAUUGCACAUUUGCAUUUCAGACCAGACAAGAAACUAAGAAU